AUGUCAGAUCAACAGUGUGCCACUGAGAAGCUGGCUGCCGGAAAGAGCCGAGGUGGAUCUGGACCUAUUUACAAGGUGGUGCUGUUUGAAUUUGAGAACUUUCAGGGAAGCAAAGCUGAGUUCUCAGCAGAAUGUAAAGAUGUACUAGAGAAAGGUCUGCAGAAGGUUGGCUCGGUGAUAGUGGAAUCCGGACCUUGGGUGGGCUAUGAUCGGCGUGGCCUCUCGGGGGAACAGUUUAUUCUUGAGAAAGGCCAGUACCCUCGCUGGGAUACGUGGACCAACAGUCAGAACAGCUACACCCUUUUGUCUCUAAGGCCACUCAAGGUGGACAGCGCUGACCAUAAGAUACACUUGUUCGAGAACCCCGGAUUCACCGGUAGGAAGAUGGAGAUUAUUGAUGACGACGUCCCCAGUUUGUGGGUCCACGGUUUUCAGGAUCGUGUAGCAAGUGUCAAAGCUCUCAAUGGAACAUGGGUUGCUUACAUGUACCCAGGCUACAGAGGGCGCCAGUUUAUUUUGGAGCGAGGGGAUUUCAAGCACUGGAAUGAUUGGGAGGCCCCUAUACCCCAGAUUCAAUCUAUCCGACGUGUUCGGGACAUGCAAUGGCACAAGAGGGGCUGCUUUUCUGCUUCAGACCCGCCUCCGGCACCAGCUCCAGCACCAGCUCCGGCUCCAGCUCCGGCUCCAGCACCGGGUCCAGCGCCGGCUCCAGCUCCUGCACCAGCUCCUGGUCCAGACCCAGAUCCUGCUCCAGCACCCGCUGUUCCUUCAGCCAAAGGUGGGGUCAGUUGA